AUGGACAUAGUCUUCAAUAGCCUGCUAGUCCACCAUAUUUUAUCAAGGGAGGUGGAAAGUAGUAGACCUGAUUCUAUGACUUUUGACUUGAAUGGGACAAUUGUUGAAUUUUCGAAGGAGGAUUUUCUAUUGGUGACGGGAUUGUGGUGGUCAUCUAUUAAACUGGUUCGUAGUGUUGAAGUGAUGGAAUCACUACAAUUGAAGUAUUUCAAGAAUUUAAUGACGAUAGAAGUGCAUCCCACCAAGUUUAAAGAAUGUUAUAAGAUGUUAGAGUUUGAAAAUGACUUGGAUGUAGUGAAAAUUAGUCUUGUGCAUUAUUAUGUGUUGGGGUUGAUAGGAAAAGGCAAGAUAAAGAGUAGCAUUAAUAAAUCGUUGUUAGAUGAUGUGAAGGACCUUGAAUACUUCAACAGCUUAAAUUGGGGAUAUAUUUUAUGUGAGAGAACCUUCAAUGGUCUGAAGAAAGUGCUAAAGGACAAGGUCACCUCGUACAAGGAGAAUGUUUGGGCAAAUGAGAUUAUAUCCUCUAUUGCUGGGAGAACUGCAGUUCAACUUAACAAUAACGUCGUGCCUUGA